GAAUUAGAUAGAAAAAGUUUAUAUGGAGGGGUCAAGCGAGAAGGCGACUAAGCGGGCGGGCUUCAACCCUUGGCUUUGACUUGAAAUCAUUGGACAUGGAGGGGUAAUGCCCCCACCGCGCAGGUGCGGGACCAACGCAGAAUCUUCACGGCGGAGCCUUUUCCAGACUCAACUGGACACGCUUGCAGCCCAGCAACGCAGCGCGAUCAGCCUGUCCUUUUCUCGCCUUUCCUUGGUUCCUCGCCCUCGGAGCGCCGAACUACGACCCCACCUUGACCACUCUUUCAUCGAAAAUUUUUCAUCUCGGUCCCCUCCCUCUGGCCCUCCUGUCUAUCUAAUUCACCUAGCUCUAUCCGUUGGUAAAUUGUGGAUUAUUGGACUGAAAUCCUGGGCAUCAACGCAGCGGUGGGUUGAUGAUGGCCUGGCCUGUUGGUCAUGUUUGCAACCGAACCCCGCGGCAGGCGGCUGUUGUUAUUUGUCCGCUCUCAGGCUGCUGUGGCACGGCCGAGUGGCGCCCGCCCGGUCCACUUUUUGGUGGAAAUCCCUGUGAGGUCAACGACCAACGUAGCAAACUAGAUAGCAGCACAGCAGCAUAGCAAUGUUGGUAUUUACUCGGGGCUUGUACUCGCUAUCAUGGGAUGAUGCUCAAUAAUAUCCCAAAUUCUACUAGCGAUUCACACUAAAAGAUGUGGACACUGGACACCCGACAAUCUCAAAC